AUGGCCUCCCCUCGCCGCCGUAUCGAGACUGACGUCAUGAAGAUGCUCAUGAGCGAUUAUGAAGUGACGCUGGUUCGAGAUAGCAUGCAGGAGUUUUAUGUCAAGUUCAAGGGUCCUUCGGAGACUCCGUUCGAAGGCGGCAUCUGGAAAGUCCACGUCGAACUGCCGGACCAGUACCCGUAUAAGUCCCCUAGCAUUGGCUUCGUGAACAGGAUUUUCCACCCGAACAUCGACGAACUGUCUGGAUCCGUGUGCCUGGAUGUCAUCAACCAAGCGUGGUCGCCCAUGUUCGAUAUGAUCAACAUCUUCGAGGUCUUCCUGCCGCAGCUCCUCCGUUACCCGAACCCGUCCGACCCGCUCAACGGUGAGGCGGCCGCCUUGCUGCUUCGGGACUCCAAGAUGUACGAAGCGAAGGUCAAGGAUUACGUCUCGAGGUAUGCGACUAAGAACGCGGCGGACGAGGCCGGCGCCGAGAGCGAAGACGACGAUGACCUCUCCUCGGUGGGGAGCUACAACGACGAUGACGAGGAGGCACAGCCGGCGGGCCAGAUGGAUGACGUAUGA